AUGAGCACUUGGUUCAGCUGUAUUACCAUCACAUGUCAAACACUGCAAUCAACCAGUUCCUAAAUGCAAAAUUCCCCAAUGUGGAAUCACUUAAUUCGGUGGAUACAGUGAUACACGAGAUCGAGACUGCGGUGGCCGAUCUGAAUGGCGAAAGUGAUAGAAACACAACAUGUGUCUCCGAGGUGGACGUGUCAGAAGCUAACAAGUUUUUGGAUACCUUACGUGCCUACGUGAAGUCUCCCACAGAAGAAGGGCUUGGAAGUCUCGAGGAUCUUAUACAUAGAUACGGGAAUGUUCCAGCCAUAACGUACACCCGUGAACUAUUGGAACAGAAAUUGAAGCUUGUAAAGGAAGCGCAAAUCAGGAAAGAUUUUGUGCAGAUUCUAGAUGACCUCAGCGAUUUCGAAAUCUUCGAACUGAAUGACCUAACGAACAUAGCUUCUUCUCACGAUGAGAGAGUAAAAGUUUAUGAGAAAGUUGCGGAGCUUAGACUCCAAAUCGAUAAUUUCAUGAAAAAUGCUAGUGCUGCCAACUUUCACAUCGAUGUCAACACUGAUGAAAUGUUUGAAGAGCUAGAAUCAAAGCUUAGCGAUUUGGUGAGCUCUGAGUUGUGUCAGACCCUCAGUAAGUCACUCAUAGAAGCAAUAGCUAAUUGGGAUUCUGAGAAAACUCCCGGGAAAUCGCAAACUUUGAGCUCUGCAGCCCUAUCAGAGUUUAGUCUUCUGCUAGACAUACAAUUGAAGGCAAUACCGAAUUACAAACUUGUUGCAGGCUCUUCUUCGGAUGUCACUCUGUGGGCAAUUGAUUGUCUAACUGACAGCUUCCAAAAGAAGUUCAUUUACCAUUUCGAGGGUAAUGGAGAAACGAAUAGGUUAGACAAACCUGAAUUUGCCUUCAGUUACAUAGUUGGGUAUUUGAGAAAAAAUAUCGAGUAUGCCAAGGUUCUAUUUGCUGCUAGCUUCUCCAGAUGUUGCGGUGGAAAGAUAUUGGGCAGCUUCAGUACUUGGUUCAUCAUGUCAACAUUGGUGCCCCUCAAAAGAAAGUUCACAAAGGAAAUCUCUUUGCUUUUGGAAACGCAAAAUAGCCACCUUCUUAGUCAUUUUGUUACCGAGGUGAAGAAGUUUGAUGAGGAAAUUAAGAAAGAAUUUGCAUUCAUGCCAGUGAAGGGCCAAGAAUGGGCUGGUCUUACAAAUGAUCUUAUACUAAGCCGUGAAGUUGUUUGGAACGCUUGGCUGCAAAAUGAAAAGAACUUCGUCAACAAACGAUUUGAAGAAAUAGUGGAUAUGGAAGACGCAUUUUCAAUCGAUUAUGAUUUGGUUGAAAACGGCAAAACUAAGCCAACAAAGAGUGCCAUCAAUCUAAAAAAUUUACUUGAAGGCAUCACCAUCAAUUAUGAUUCUUUACCAUUGAAAUUUCAAUUGAAAUUCUUGAGUGAAGUCCAAUUAAAACUUUUGAAUUUUUACUUUGAUACUUUGAAGAAAGGAGUAAAUGCGUUGAAAAGCAUCAAGCACGUCCAAAUCGACGGUGUUAGUACCCUUGAAAGAGUUUGCCGUAUAUGGUGCUCCAGUAAAUACAUCAUUGAAACCAUGGACAAAUGGAGCAAUGAAUUGAUUUUUGUUGAGUUGUGGCAAUCCCUUAGCAAUGAGAGUCAGUCUGAUACCACCUUUUUUGAGUCUGUGAUUAACGGAUAUGAGAAGGAAAUCAUGAGCAAAAUACCCAACCUGAUACAAAGUUAUUUUGAAAGGCAGCUUAACAGAACAAUGAAGGAGUACUUUCAGGCAAACACUGACUGGACAUUGAUAACCGAAAAAGAAGGGAACAAUGACGAAUUGGAAUAUGUUAUCCAAACGUUGAGCACAGAUCUUCGCUAUCUACAAGUCACAGUAUCUUCUGUGACUUACAACUCUUGGAAACUCUUACUGUCGAACACUGUGGUUUCCUAUUUUGAAAAAAAUAUAGCCUUAGUCAACAAUUUUUCACCGAUAGGAGCUGACAAGCUAGAGAAGGAUAUCAACAAGGUUGUUGAUUCACUAGAUCUUGUCAAGUCUUAUGACAAUUACGGAAGAUUGAUGACAAUUUUACGUGUACUUCGAACAGGAAAACCGGAAUUUUCUGACGAUAAAUACCCCCCUGUUGAUGAUUCUGAGCUGGCAAUGCUAAUCAUGAGACGCAGGUAGUUCUGAUAGUGUGUAUUAUCAUAUAUUUAACAUGUAGCAUCAUUCAGAUUGAAGGAGUAUGACAAAUCCCGCG